GUUAUGUUAUUUCCGGGUUUGUCUGUACUUUGAUUACGCUACACUACAUGACGUACGUAGUAAUCCGUAUGUCCUGUCUUAUAAACAUUACCUUAUCACGACACGACAUUCGAUCACUAUAAACAGGCAUAGUAGUGCAAGAGAUAUUGCAUUUUGAGCUGAGCAAUUUAACACCUUCAAUAUAACGAACGUAACUAGAAAGAAAACAUUCGAGUAAAAAGAGAAAGAACAACAGAUAUGGACAGCACACUUCUUAGUAGCAGCAUUUUCAUAGGAGCCGGCCUUUGAUGAUGUGCCCUAUCCGCACGAUACUUUGACACGCGAACAUUCGAUUCACUUUUUUAUAAUAAACUGAGAGCAGUAUAGAACAUAAUGUGUGUACAUAUAAAUAAUGCCACUUUUUCAGUGAUCCUUCAGUUUUAAGAAUUAUGAUAUAACACGAAUGUUAUAUAUUUAAAGAGUCUAAACGUAUUAGCGGUCAGCCAGUUAUUUUUACAGCUAUAUUCUUGUGUUAAUGCGUGUAUAGGCGAUACACUUAUGAUUUUUUUGCAUGUUAUUAGAUUGUGCUAAAAUCUGCUAAACUUUAGGCAUGGCCGAGCAAGUUUCCAUUACGUACAGGUUACUUAACGAAGAUGACAUUGAUGACGUCAUUGCGCUUCUGUCUGAACAUUACGUCACUCGUGAGUCGACGUCUAAGUGUCUUUCUAUGACGAAAGAGGAGAUUUUGAGUUAUGCUGAUGAAAUAGCUAGGGAUGCAAUCCCGCAAGGCAUAAGUCUUGGUGCAUUCGAUGACGUGACAAAUGAACUGGUCGGCGUGACUUUCGGGGAGUGCGACUUGUAUAGAAAGCCUAAAAUAAAAAAUGAUAACCGAACGCCAAUUAAAAUUCAAUAUUUGCAAAGACUGUACGAAUGGUUUGAGUUAAUUCCAAGGAUUGAACACGGCAUCACCAGUAUCCUGCUUGCUGAUGUGCUGGCUGUUUCUACUCAAUAUUCGAACCGUGGAAUAGGCACUGAACUUACAAUACGGCAAGCUAAUUUGUUGGCAGACCUUGGUUUUACCUUCCUGUUGAGCUUUAUAACAUCUGAGAAAGCAUUGGCCAUUCACGCCAAAUUGGGGUCGAAAUGUUUAAAGAAAGUGGACAUGCGAACGUAUAGAGAUUCGCGCACUGGUGAAGCUGUAUUUAAACAUGCAGAACUGAAAGACAAUUGCAUACAAGUCAUGUGUAUAGAUCUACGUAACCUGCAGUCAAUCAAAAGCAAAGCAUGAAUUACUUACUACUGUGAACUAUAUCAAUUCCAACAGUGGCACUCAUUAUACUCCGUUAUAGAACUUAUUAUUAUACCUCAUUCGUAUUUAGGCAAAAAAGCACACUUUUCUUCGUUGCCUGAUAGUUAACUUAUUUUCUGUACCCUAAUUAAAAAUACUUAUAAACUUUAUGCUGUGUUAUGUUAUUGACCACGCUUAUAGUAGAGUAGGGGAAGAUAGUACACUUUUUCAUUCUAUUUUUUCGUCUAAUGGUACUAAUUAAAAAAAAUAGAGAGUUAUAAAACCGUAUCGCACGACUGCCAUAGACCGUUGUUAAUUGUUUAGUUAAAUCAAGAUCAGUAUGUUUGGAUAUUAUGUGCAAAAACUGUCCGAUCCUACCCUACAGUACUAUACAUUCAUUACAUAUGUUGAAUACAAACAUCCAUAUGUUCCCGCUGUGUUGGUUACUUCUAGUUUGUUUUUGAUUGAGCUUAAUCGACCGUUGUGGUACUGGGGGUAAUUAAUAAUAUGUCAAUUAGUAAUACGUGCUCACUCAUUUGAACCUAGUUCUGGAUGAAUAAUUUAUUCCGUUUUCUUCAGCAUGACAUAAACAAUUAGAACGCGAACAAAAUAGAAUUUUAUACAAACGAACAGAACAUUAAUUUUCACAAUGACAAAAAUAGCAUAGAUGUAAAGUGGCCCGUUCGCGUAACACAUGCGAACUGUACCGACUCUUUCACCCAACGUAUUUACAAUAUUUACAGGAGUUAUUGCACUUGAGUCCCAACUGACGAAUUGAUCAAGCCCUGGUGUUAACACACACAUAAGGGCCCUGCAUAUAGGUUCUGGGUAACAAAAUCUGGAUGAAAACGACAACACAACAGUGAAUGGGAUUGAAAUGAUUCGGAUUAUGUACAAAAAAAAA